AAAUUUAUUAUGAAUCGUUUAACUCUUCACCCUAACCCACUAACACAUUCAUUACACUUCAUUCAUUCACACAUAAUUUCUUUUAUACAGAAUAUGGCACCCAAUAACAACAACAAUCGUAAAGGACGUUCCAACCGUUCCAGCCGCAAUGGAUCUCGGCCCAAACCCAACCGCAAAAACGAUAAACGUCAACCAAAACGCCAUUUUGGUUGCGGUAUUUGUCAAGCCGAUCACAGCUUAACAAACUGUCGAAAGUUCCAAAAGAUGAACUUGGCGGAGAAAUACAAAACCGCAGUUAAAUUGCACUACUGCGUCAAUUGUUUGGCGAGGAACCAUCUCAUUGGCGGUUGCACGAGUAAGGCUCGUUGCCAACAAUGUGGUGGUAAACACCACUCCACCCUACAUGGUCCAAAUAGGAUUUUAAAGAAUUUGACCCAGGACCAAUCCCCUCCACCAACUCCGGCACCAAGAACUCCACCCACACCAGCUCCAAGACGAUCAUUAGACAUCGUGAAAGUUACAACACCGGUAACAACGUCGAUGAUGAAAACGUUUGUUCCUACAGCAGUUGUGCAGGUAGGAAGUCGGCGGGCAAGGGCAAUACUAAAUCCUAGCUUGACUAAGUCUAGAAUAGCAGCCGUCUUUGUUAGUGAAAGUUCCCUAGCUCCCUUCAAAAUCGACAAAGAGGUGUUUGUGAAGGUGUUAAUUGCACCAAAUUAUUCCUCAAGCCUCCGAUACGAGGUUUGCAUGGAGGUGGUUAAGGAUCUGCCAAAAACCCCAUAUCCAAGCCCCAUGGACGAAACAAUUAAAAGUAAAUUGUGUCGCAUAUCGCUGGCUGACCCGGAGUUUUACUCCAACAACCCAGUCUCCAUGGAAAUUGGUGGAGACCUUUACACAAGCAUCCUACAACCGAAUGUGAUUCACAUUGACGGGGGAUCACUUAUAGCCCAGGAUUCCACCCUUGGCUGGCUGGUCAUGGGAUCAUCUACCCAAUAAACCCGCACACAAUGAAGUUGCCAGGCCCGGGAGGAUGUUCACAUCAGUGAACACAUAACACUGUCCAUCCCUGACGUCAUUUAAUACCCACACAUAACUGCAGCCAACUUCAUCUACAUAUGAACGUCAGCUGCAGCUUUGGCCUUCAGCUUUAACUUACUUCUAUUCUAAUCCACCUGUGAGAAGAACAAAAAGUGUGUGCGCUAA